CGGAACCUCUGUGACGAGAGCGGCAAAGAGGAGGGAAAUUUAAAAUGUCCGGACUUCUUCAUGGUGACAGAACAGCUGAGCCGCACGAAGAAAUCAGUCAGCAUUAUUAUUUACAACCAACACAAUCAGUCUGAUUACCUUAUAUUGAAGCAUAUGAUCGUUUGAAACGAGUAGUGUCCCCUGUGUUACAAAAUGGAGACUCAUUACGACCAGAUUUUAGACUCACCCUCCAAAAAUAGUUACAUCGGUAGCUAUUACCAGCCUCCAGACAGGAUAAUACCAAAACCAAGACAGCUGGAGUUCCCCGCACAAUCAUCCAUCAGCGUGGAUGCAGAGAUGAACAGUCCACGGGAAUCUCAAUCCAAACCUAAUGUUGACAGCAGAGCUGUUGUUGAUGCGCUGAAGACCCUCCAGCAGAAAAUCAGGCGGUUAGAACUGGAAAGGAAGCAAGCGGAGAAGAGCUACAAGCAGUUCUCCCACGAUGCUCAGAAUCGUGAGCAGCUCACAGCAUCUUACAUGGUGCCUGGUCAACCAGCAGCCAGCCUGCCUGAGACAGAUAACUCUGAAAAGAAAGCGAUCGACUCAAAGCUGCAGUCUGCAGAGGCAAGGUGUAAGGUUCUUGAGAAGCAGCUGGACUAUAUGAGGAAGAUGGUUCAAAAUGCUAAGAAGGAGAAGAACGCUCUCAUGGAGGAUCAGGCUUCACUGCAGAACCAGCGGCCAAGCAGCUCAAACAGCCAAUCUCAGCGGGAGAAGCUGGAGAAACUUGAAUCGGAGUGUCUCAAAUUGAGCAGGACCCAAGCUUUGGCGGAGGCGAAGCUUUCUAUUUUGGAGCAAAAACUACUGAAAGAGGAACAUGAACGCCAGCUUGUGCAGGAGAAAGCAGACAUGCUGCAGAGAGAGCUGGACAUCAACCUGCGAUUGUCUGUGCCAACUUCUGAAGAGACCAAGCUAAAGAAGAAAACUAAGACCACCAAGAAAACCUCCAGACAGAAUGAGCUGGCAUCACCAAGCAGCUUAAGGCACAACAAAAUGCCCUUUGUUGCAGGAACGUCGACGAGCCCAAGCCACUCAGUCCACGCCAAUGUACAAAGUAUCCUUCACAUGAUGAAGCACCAUCAGCCUCAGCUGUGUGAGAGAAUGAGCGCUCUGCACAAAUCUACUUGUGGAGCCAGGAAAAGCCUCCAAAAGGACUUUUCUCCACCUUCCAGCACCUCUUACAAAGCUGACGGGGAGCUCGACCAAGCAGAACGGUCACUGGGCUCGCUGUCUGAUCUGCUGUUGGCUCUGCAGGACGAGCUCGGACAAAUGAGCUUUGAGCAUCAGGAGUUGGUGGGUCAGAUAGAUGUAACCCAAGAGCGCGAGCAGAGGCAGGAUCUGCAGAGAGAACUAGAGAGGUUGGUCGCCAGGAUGGAGGAGAAGGGAGCUCAGAUCACCAAGCUCCGCAAACACCAGCGGACGGUCCAUAAACUGACCCAGAACCAGCCAGCUGCUGAGGAACACACAGCCAAGAAGUUGAUCAGGCCCCCUGUUCCUUCUCCUGUUAAGGCUAAGUGUAAAGCAAAGAAAGGCUGGACCGCUCAAAACAACCUGCAGCUUCUCAGAGAAACACAGAAGUUCAGAAACAGCCUGAAACAAGACGACCUCUCCUGGGAAACAUGAGAUUCUCUGAAAGACCUUUCUGUGUAUGGGCCUUUGAUACUACAGCUGGCUGGAACACAAGACUCCCCUCUGUUUCUUUGCAGCCUGUUUUCCCAACUCUUCAAAUGGCCUCUUGUACAUUUUUAGUCGCAAAUGAAAAGAGGGGAUAAAGUGAUUGAUUGAGUUACUCAUCAAACCUGUUAAGCAAUGAUAUCUUGCACAUAGAGUUUCCUUCAUAGGUAGAGGGCCCGUAGUCUCAAAUGAAGCUGGAGUAGCCUAUUUUUAAUAUUUAAAGAAUUUAAUAAACGUAUUCACUCUA